AUGGACGGCAUGCAACACGCCAGCGCCGUCUGGCCCGAGGGCCAGGACUACCUGAGGCCAAUCGUCGCGACUGUCUACCUCGUCGUCGUCGGGCUGCUCUCGAUCCUUCUAUCGCGUCGAUGGGGCUCGUGGAACUACAUGAAGCGCCUGCCAUUGAUCCAGGUGCUGGUCAUCGUGCUCCUCGCAGCGUCACUCGCCUUUAUCUUCAUCUCGGCCAUCCUCGUCCUAGGAGUCGGCUCGUCGUACUCGGAAGCCGCCUGCGACGGCGGCAUCUGGCUGUGCGUCCUCUUGUACGCCGGCACCAAGGCGGUCCUGUACUACCUGCUGCUCGAGAAGCUGCAGCGGGUCCACGCGCACAGCGUCACGGGCCGAGUCGGCCGGUUCCACUCGUGGUGGUACCGCGGCGGCGUCCUCCUGUUCGUCGCGUGGCUCGCCGUCGCCGUGACGAUGAUCGUCGGGCGCAUCAGCCACAUCCGCCGUCAAGACGGCGCGUGCAUCAUCGGCCUGCGCCUGUACGCGACCGUCCCGAUGCUCGCCGUCGACGCCAUCACGAACAUCUACCUCACGACCGGGUUCGUCGUGCCCGUCUGGCGCAGCAAGAACGAGAAGGCGCGUCGGCUCGCCAAGGUGUCGUCCCUCGCCGCGUUCGCCUCCCUCAUCACCUCGUUCGCCAACAUCCUCGUCCUUUCGAUCCUCCACGGCCACCAGCUCUCGUUCGUCUGCCUCGGCUCGUGCGGCCUCGACGUCGCGUUCAACUCGGUCGUCUGCUACCUCGUCACGACGGCGCGACACUCGCGGGACGAGCAGACGACGAGGGGCUCGACCGACAUGCGCGUGCCCGAGCUGUCCGGCACGGUGGCCGGCCCCAGCACGGGCAAGAGCGGCACCAAGCGCUCGUCCUCGAGGGCCGUCGGCAGCCUAGGAGGGCUCGCCGGGUACGGCACGGCGAGCGGCGUCUACGUCAACGAGGAGGUCUGCGUCGAGUCGGAACUCGACGAGGAGCCGACGCUCGGUUCAUCGAGGCGCAACAGCGGGCUCGGUGGCGCAAGAGGAGGGGGCCCGGCGCUCCACACGGUGUCGUUCUCGACGCCCGAGGUAUUGACACACCUCGACGACGUCGAGGAGGAGAAGCUGGGUCCGAGCGCGAGGGACGAGAAGUGAGAGAUCCGGCUGUACGACUCUUUGGUCUUGUGCAUUACUAGUUGGUGACCGACG